ACUUUAUUGUCAAAGUUUUAUUACACAUUGGGUUGUCCUUGUCAAUGAAGCUAGACGGACUGUUUGGCUAUCUCACGUUAAAUUCUGGCUACAUAACUCGCAUAUUUUACCACCGCAUUCAAACGCUAAAUUAGUGUUGUCUAGCUUUGUGUUCGUUCGUGAUAUGGCGGCCAAGAUUCUCCCAGUAGUAAAGUUGGUCACUAAAGUGACUGUUGCGGGUGGAGCUUUGUAUGUAGCGUAUGACACGGGGCUUCUAGGAGGAAGUGGGGAAGGUUCGGAGGUCCUCAGCAAAGCGAAAGCUGCCAUUCCUCCUGCCGUGGACGAGUGGAUGAAGUACUUUGGUUUGGAGCUUCCUGCUCCUCCUAAAAUUGAAUUCUCUCCCCUUGAAACAUGGAACUCAGGAGUGCAGAAAUCCAUAGCCGCCCUUUCGGUCGCCCCUACCAGAGCGUGCGAGUACACCGAUCAAGGCAUCCAGUACAUUAAGAAACUUGCCAAGUGAACCCCAGCAGCAGCA